GGCGCCGAGUUGCUGCGCAGGCGCCUGGGGCUUCUGGCUUUGGGCUGCGGAGAUUCGCCCUUAAGCGCGGCCGUUUCAAGGCUCUCUGUUGAACGGUGGCUGGACAGUCGUGCCUAAAGCAGGCGUCUGGCCAGUAAGCAGAAAAACACAUCCCAGGCACUUGCGUUUCUCAGCCUGUCCCUGCCCGGCCUCGGCCCUGCGCGGGGUGAAGGAAAUGCUGCACCGUGCCCAGACCUUGCCCAGAACUUGUGUGGCUGCACCCGGUGCAGCUGCCCCUGGCUGAGCCUGUGGCUUGCUGGCGGGGUGCAGGUGCAGUCGGCUCCGGGUGCGCCUCAUCCUGCUCCUAGCACCGGUCUCUAGGGCUGUGCCGUGCCCUUGGAGAAAGGCGUUUUGCAUGGUAGAAAAGGGUCCAAAAUGUGACCCAGGGGCCUUCUCCGAGCACCCUGGAUGCCAGCCUGCUUUCCAGCUGCGUUUUCUGUGCACACUCCCUUAUCCUCCCUUGGUCCGCUGACCCGAGAUGCUAGCCGUGACUUUAGGCUUAAGGAUGAGGCAGAUGAUUGCCUUGUGGUGGGCUUUUCACGGUCGUUCUCUUCUGCGCUAUCAUCUCUAACAUGCUGCAGAGAGCACUGACGCAUUUGGGUCUGAGAUUCCCAGCAAACUUUGCAGUUUCAGUAACUUAAAUUCUGGCUCAAGUCUCUUAAACCGAGUCAGUUAAGCCUGUUUGGCAUGGGGUGGGGGACAGAGUGGGAAACACUCCCUGAAUCCAGUUCGUGCAGCCGUGUCCUUCCAAAGCCGGCCUCUGCUGGCGUGAGUCUCGAUGAAGCUGUGCUUGCAGCCUUGCUAGCGAGAGCUGCCAUGAGGGUGUUUUGCUUGAGGGGAUCUGGUGUUUGCUUCUCUCUUCCUCCCGCAUUGGGGAGAGUGGCUGAAGCGGUGGCGUUGCCGGUCUGGCGGGGCAACAGGGAUGGAGGGAGCCGGCUGGGGCUGAGCCCUGCGCCCGGCCUGGCUCGUCCCUCGGUCCUGGCUGCGGAGGAGCCUUCUGAGGAGGGAUUGAGGUUGCUGCCUGCACCGGGAGCUGCAGCUCCUCGGCACAUCGGGGCCGAGCGACUUCAUCUCUGCCCUGAACCUCCCGUGUCCCUGGGGGUGGCUGGGGAGCGCAGCUGGCGCCAAGUGGAGAGGUUUGGCGUCAACCCUCUGUGCAGCCAUGUGAAACGUCCCCGUGCUGAGAGCCGGGUGCUCCUCUGGGCUCCCCCAGCUCUGCCUUUGCCACUGCCUUGGGGACCUGUGGUUGCUGCCCAGGAUGAGCUGGCGCGGAAGAACGGCUCCAUGGCCACCAGCCUUGAGGACAGCGGGGUGAGCAGGAUGGGGACACCAUGGCUGGUGCCUUGCUUCCUCCGAUGGCCUUGCGGGCGCUGGGGUGUCCCUGGUGGGGAGACAUGCCCAUCGCUGGGGGUCCCCUACCGCAUGCUGCUCUCCAUGGCUUUGUUUUGGGGGGGCAGCGCUGUGCUUAGUGCACCACAGCAGCAGUUUGCUAGUGGUCUGGGGGUGGUGCAGAACAUCGGGAUGAAUCGCCUGCUGUUGCCUUCUGGGUGCUGCUGGGCUGGGUUUUCUGGGGAGGUGCCGCGCUCCCCGGCUCCUCUGCGGCAGAGCAUCAGUUCCCAGCCAGAGCUCGUUUGGCUGGAGUUUGCACGGCCAGAGUCUGACCUGGGCCACCAGAAAAGCCAGCUUUGUCUUGCCCCAAUUCAGCUCUCAAGGGACUUUUUCUGCAGCACAAGUGAUGCUGUGUCAUUGCAAUGAGGCGUGAGAAGUCCCCAGCGAGGAGCACAGCCUUGCCGCAAUGGAGAGCGAGGGAGGAUCCGGAUGCGGCAAGACCUGUCGGGUAAGUGCCCCAAAGUGGCAAAUGGCCAAAGCUAAACCCCGAGGUUUUGGGGGGGGGUGAGGGGGGCUGAGCACCCUGUUCCUGGAGGGUUAGCUGUGCUCAGUGAGUCCAGGGAGGACGGCUUGGAGGAGCUCCCUUGCUGCCUGGCAGAGGUACAGCAAUCCCGGGAGCGUCUGCAAGGCCCCCGUGAUCGAGGUGGUCGGUGGGGGCUGUUUUCAGGGCUGUGCAACGGGUGCGCCGCAGGGGCAGCAGCUGGAGCGCGCUUUCCCCGCAGGAAAGCCUCAUAGGGUCAAACAAGUAGGAGCACAGUUAAGUCUGAGCUCAAAAACCCAUAGCUGGAGAGGUUUUAUUAAUGGCAAAGGCUGCCACUCUGGGUCAGCCCUUAGGCAAACCCCUCGUCCGGUCCAUCCACCCCAAGAGCAGCUUGGAAAACCAUGCUGCUUUCGUAAACCUGCUGGCAAGAACUGGCAUCUCAGUGCUUUAACUGCAGCCCACGUGAGGCUGGGGAAGUUUUUCUGUUGAUGCCCUGUGUUUUGGCUGGGCCUGGCUGUCGCUGCGGCUCCCGCUGUGCUUGCGUUAAGCACACAGCCCCGGGUUAGCUGCGGGAAACCGGCACCUGCUGCGCUGUCGGCGCGGGGAAGUGAUGCCCUAGGCUCUGCUGGCACUGGGGUCUGGGGCUGCUGGCGGUGGUGGUGGAGUUGGGGGGGCACCAAGCCCAGCGUGCGGAGCUGCACACCUUCCCCUUCUUGGGGAAAAUGGGGCUUGAGCCCUAUUGUUCAUAGAGGGAAAGUGUCUUAGAGUUUCUAGUGCUGCUAUAUCUCUAUUAAAAUACGCAUUUGCUUUUCCUAGGUGCUUGUUGCCGAGAAUAACUGCUCUUUCACGUCUUGUCCGUGCCUCUUCCAGCUGGUUGGGGGCCACCAUUUCAGACUCCAAUUACAGCUGGAGUGAAAAGGAAAAGAGUGAGCAGAAAGGAAGGAGAAAUUGGAAAGGAGGUGGCAUUCAACACCAAAGUACCCAUGGUAUGGAGCUGUUACAGCCCUUUGUCCCUUUACAUUUC